AUGGAUUUCGUCUUCUCCGUUGCUUUUUUGGCUAAGCAUUCUGAAGAAUACUGCGCAAUGUAUGAUAUAUGCGGUCAACGCAGUGAUGGGAAGGUUCUCAAUUGCCCUUAUGGUUCCCCUUCAGUCAAGCCUGACGACCUACUGUCAGCCAAAAUUCAAAGUUUGUGUCCCUCCAUUACUGGAAAUGUUUGUUGUUCGGCGGAUCAGUUUGACACACUAAGAGGUCAGGUUAAUGGUAAUAUGACUGUGGAUGGCAUUGAUUUUUACAUAGCUGAAACUUUUGGAGAAGGUCUAUAUGAAUCGUGUAAGGAUGUAAAGUUUGGGACAAUGAAUACAAGGGCAAUAGAUUUUGUUGGGGCUGGAGCUAGCAAUUUUAAAGUUUUGCACAUGGAUAAAUGUUCCAAGGUAGUUUGCAGUUAUACAGAGUGGUUUGACUUUCUUGGUCAGAAAGUUCCUCCUGGUUUUCCUGGUUCACCUUAUUCUAUACUUUUCAAGACAACCAUUCAUGAUCCAUCUCCUAUGAAACUAAUGAAUGCAUCUGUAUAUUCAUGUAAUGACACUUCGCUGGGUUGCUCUUGUGGUGAUUGUCCUUCAUCACCUGUUUGCUCCGCUCCGGAACCUUCUCCACCAAGCAAUGCUCCCUGCUCCAUUAGAAUUGGGUCUCUAAAGGUCAGAUGUGUGGAUUUUUCAUUGGCCAUCUUGUACAUUGUAUUGGUUUUCGUGUUGUUUGGGUGGGCGUUGCUGCAGAGGAAAAGAGGAAGUAGGAGACUUGAAUCCAGUGAGGAACCAUUGUUGAAUGAUAUGGUUGGUGAAGGGAGUAGUUUUGCUAACCUCCAAAAGGAUGGAAUUCAUCCUGUAGAGGUGCAACUGAUAGAUCAUCAAGGUCAGAAUGUGGUGCAAUUUUCUUUUGUUCAAGAAUGGCUGUCGGGCUUUUACAGGACUUAUGGAAGAUGGGCUGCUAGAAAACCCACAAUUGUGCUUUUUUCUUCAUUGGCAAUUGUUGUUUUGCUUUGUUUGGGUCUGGUUCGUUUUGAAGUGGAGACCCGGCCUGAGAAGUUAUGGGUUGGUCCUGCGAGUAAGGCAGCUGAAGAAAAAGAUUUUUUUGAUAGCCACCUUGCUCCAUUCUACCGAAUCGAACAGCUCAUAAUUGCAACAAUCCCAGAAUCUAAGCAUGUCAAGCCUCCAAGUAUCAUAACAGAAGAAAAUAUUGAGUUGCUUUUCGAAAUACAGGAAAAGGUUGAUGGAAUUCGUGCAAAUUAUUCUGGUUUUUUAGUAUCUCUAAGCGACAUUUGCUUGAAGCCUUUAGGCGAAGAUUGUGCCACUGAAAGCAUUUUGCAGUAUUUUCAAAUGGACCCUGACAAUUACGACAACUACGGAGGUGUUGAACAUGCUGAGUAUUGUUUUCAGCAUUACACUUCUACAGAAACAUGCUUUAGUGCAUUUAAGGCUCCCCUUGAGCCAACUACUGCCUUGGGCGGGUUUUCUGGAAACAAUUAUUCUGAGGCUUCUGCAUUUGUUAUCACGUACCCUGUCAAUAAUGCAAUUAUGAAAGUUGGAGACGAGAAUGGGAAGGCAAUAGCUUGGGAAAAAGCUUUCAUCCAGUUAGCUAAGGAGGAAUUGCUGCCAAUGGUGCAAACUAGCAAUCUCACCUUGUCAUUUUCAACUGAAAGCUCAAUUGAGGAAGAACUAAAGAGAGAAAGCACUGCAGAUGUGAGCUAUAUUGUGAUGUUUGCUUACAUAUCAGUGACCUUGGGAGAUAGACCGCCUCAUUCAUCUUCUUUCUUCCUCUCGUCCAAGGUAUUGCUCGGUCUUUUGGGGGUUUUGCUUGUUAUGCUUUCUGUCCUUGGAUCAGUUGGAUUUUUCAGUGCUAUUGGAGAGACAUCGGUUGCCUCCAAAUAUGUUGGGGGGUGGAGGGGUGCCAAAACCAAUUUGCAAAGUACCCAUGCUUUUAUAACUGUCAUCAUGACAUUUAUAACGGACACAUUUGUUGGUGUUGAUAACAUGUGUAUAAUCGUGGAUGCUGUGAAGCGACAACCCUCAAGUUUACCAGUUGAAGAACAAAUAAGCAAUGCAAUGGGUGAAGUUGGACCUUCAAUAACACUAGCAAGCUUAUCCGAGAUUGUGGCAUUUGCUGUAGGAUCAUUCGUUUCUAUGCCAGCAUGCCGUGUUUUCUCCAUGAUUGCAGCUUUGGCGGUUCUACUGGACUUCCUUCUACAGAUUACUGCUUUUGUAGCUUUGGUUACAUUAGACUUUGUGAGAGCCAGGGAUAACAGAAUUGACUGCUUUCCAUGCAUAAAGUUGAAUCCGUCCUCUGUGGAGGAGAAUGAAGGUAUAGUUGGUUUUCGAAAUGGAAUAGCCUUUAUGAUCUUCUUGCAAUAUUUUGCUUCAAACUUAAAGGAUCUAGCGGUCUUUGAUAUGAUACUGAAGGCUUACUGUAGUGAUUACAAAUUUGAUCCUUUUGUUGCCCUUUCUGUCUUGGACGUUCAUGCACCAUUUCUUGGACUAUGGGGAGUUAAAAUAUUGGUCAUCGCUGUCUUUGUUGCAUUUACCUUAGCAAGCAUUGCAUUAUGCACAAGGAUUGAACCUGGUCUUCAGCAACAGAUUGCGCUUCCACGAGAUUCCUACCUUCAGGGUUAUUUCAGUAACAUAUCUGAGUACCUUAGAGUUGGACCACCAGUAUAUUUUGUUGUAAAGGAUUACAACUACAGUUUGGAAUCCAAUCACACAAACCAGCUAUGCUCCAUUAGCCACUGUGAUUCAAAUUCUCUUUUAAAUGAGAUAUCUAGAGCAUCAUUAGAGCCAAAAUCAAGCUACAUAGCCAAACCAGCUGCUUCAUGGCUUGAUGAUUUCCUCGUAUGGAUUUCACCUGAAGCUUUUAGUUGCUGUCGAAAAUUCACAAAUGGUUCGUAUUGUCCACCCGAUGAUCAGCCACCUUGCUGUUUACCAGAUGAAGGACCAUGUGGGUUGGGUGGAGUGUGCAAAGACUGUACAACAUGUUUCCGCCACUUGGAUUUGGUUAAUGAUCGUCCAUCUACAGCACAGUUCAGAGAGAAGCUACCCUGGUUUCUUGAUGCACUUCCAUCAGCUGAUUGUGCAAAGGGUGGUCAUGGAGCUUACACCAACAGUGUAGAUCUGAAUGGUUAUGAGAGAGGUGUCAUCCAAGCUUCUGAGUUUCGUACUUAUCACACACCACUUAAUAGACAAAGUGACUACGUUAAUGCAAUACAAGCUGCAAGGGAUUUUUCGGCAAGAAUUUCUACUUCUUUAAAGAUGGAUAUUUUUCCGUACUCAGUGUUUUAUAUCUUCUUUGAACAAUACCUGGAUAUAUGGAAGUUAGCCCUGAUCAACAUUGCCAUAGCAUUAGGUGCUAUUUUUGUUGUUUGUCUGGUCAUCACGUCCAGCUUGUGGAGUUCAGCAAUCAUAUUACUUGUUCUGGUCAUGAUAAUUUUGGACCUCAUGGGUGUAAUGGCAAUCUUGGGUAUCCAACUCAAUGCAGUGUCUGUUGUAAACCUUAUUAUGUCGAUAGGGAUUGCUGUGGAGUUUUGUGUGCAUAUAGUACAUGCAUUCACGGUAAGCUUGGGGGAUAGGAACCAACGAGCAAAGACAGCAUUGUGUACCAUGGGGGCUUCUGUAUUCAGUGGAAUCACUCUAACAAAAUUAGUCGGAGUUCUCGUCCUUUGCUUCUCCACAUCUGAAAUUUUUGUGGUGUAUUACUUCCAGAUGUAUCUGGCCUUGGUUAUCAUUGGCUUCUUGCACGGUCUUGUGUUUCUACCGGUGGUAUUGAGCUUGUUUGGUCCUCCGUUAAGAUAUACAGUCAUUAAGGAGCAGCUAGAAGAAGACGUGCCUUCUGCUUCAUCAGAAUAG